AUGGUUUCCCCGGCCCCACAGCUAGACGGGUUCUUGAAUGGAUGCUCCAACGGUAUAACGCUUGCAGAUCUGCCCAAAGAAUUAUUAGAUAAAGUCCUGGGCUACAUUGAAUCUUUUGACUACAUCCCCUUUCUGUUGAGCUGCCAGACUAUCUAUCACAAAUGUCAUCUGACUUUGUUCCGUCUCAAGCCAGUCAGGUUGCAAUAUACCGGUGGCAGUCAUCGCUUCCGGUACAACAGGAAUCUCCAGACAACAUGGAAUUUAUUGCAACACAUGUCGAAUAACUCAGAAAUCUACGCCGAGGUGAAGGUAUUUCAACUGAAAAAUAAUGUGUCGAUCAAGGAGUUUGAGCGAAGCCAAGAAAGGUCGAGAAACUACCACAGGCGUGACAAGCACUCUAAUCGGAAGGCGGAUUACAGCGAGAUCCCCAGCUCCUUGAUAUCGGUGCUACCAAAAUUUGUAAACUUAAGAUAUUUAAAAGUGGACAUUGGGAGCUUUACAUUUUUGAGAGACCUUCUGGAAGCUCUUCCAAAUACGUUGAAGGGCCUCCACAUUAAUAUCAAUGUCGCAAAUCCCAAAUUUAAUGCCAAGGAGACAAAAUUGCCCGAGAUAAAAUGCAGGGGUCUAAAGACUCUGGCAUUGCAUUCAACCAUCAAGGAGCCGAUGAUCUACGGCAAACUGAAAAGUAGACUUGUGAUGAAAGUACCCAGCAGGUACCUCAUGGAAGAAAGCACGUUUUCAGAUUUGAUACGGGAGAAGUUUGAGCAGGAUCAUAGAAGUAUCAAGAAGCAACCAAACCUUAAAUUCUGCGGCGAGAUAAUGGCCCUACUGAUCCACCAGAAUGCGUCCACUAUCUAUUCAAUUGACGUUCGAGGACUUGAUGCCACGCUGAUUUUCUUGAACCGAUUCGCGGCCUGUCCGAUGAAGAAUUUGCGCAUCAUCAAGCUUUGCAACCUCUCGAUCCCUAGACUUCGAUGGUGGCUUCCUGGUUUGGAGAAAAGCAAUCUGAACAAGCGGCAAUUCGUGCCAAACAAUUCAGAACUGUCACUGCCCCCUAUAGUGGUUAUAUUCUCCAAACUAUUCACCAGUACACCUCAGAGCAGGGAUGUACAGUGCCGAGCUAGGUUUUUUGGCGAUCCCGAGGACCAGUGGUUCAGCAUGGGCGGCGAGGCUACCGGAUUUUGGGAGGGAAUCUACUACCAAUAA